AUGAUUUGCUUCCUCUCUCUAACAAUCACACUCUUUGACAAACAAUAUAAUUCUUUUUCUCCCUCUCAGCUUCUCUCUCUCUCUCUCUCUCUCAUUCACCUUCUUUUCUCUUUGCCUAUCUCUCCUCUUCUCUUUUACUAUCUUCUUUCAUUUCAUAAUCAUUCUCUUUUUCUUCCAAGUAUCUCAUUGAUUGACAUUUCUCUCUCUCUCUCUCUCUCUCUCUCUCUCUCUCUCUCUAGAAUUGUUAUUAAUUACUGCUUUGUUAAUCAAUUUUGUCUCAUUUACUGUUUAUUUAGUUACUUAUUAUUUCUUUCUCUCUCUCUAUUUUAUUUUUUCCUCUCUCAUUUUUGUUUUUUUUUCCCCACUUUUUCUUUUAUUUGGUUCUUCAUUAACACUUGCUUCCCCAUUCUAUCAUUACUUUCUUGUCUUCAAUUUUCUCUCUUUUUUCUCUUCUUUCUUGCUUCCUCCAUAACACUUUUACCUCCUACAUUUUCUUUCUUUCUUUCUUCCUCUUACUCUUGCAUUCAAAUUCUAUCCCUCCUCUUUAGCCUCUUUCUAUCUUUAUUCCUUUUGCUAUCUUCAAUACUUCCUUUUUCUUUCCUUUCUUUCUUCUUAUUGUGUUUCUUCUUAACUAGGCUUCUCACUUUUACCCUUUUUCUCUCUCCUCUUCCUUAUACUCUUUGUUCUUUUCUCCCACCUAAUUUUAAUAUAAUUUCUAACUUUCCUCUAAUUUUCCUCUCAUUUUUAUUCUUUCUAACUUUACUCUUCUUUCCCUUUCUUUCUUCUUUCCUCCUACUUAUUUUUCUUUCUUUCUUUCUUUCUUUCUUUCAUCCCACUUUUACCCUAACUUCUAUAUUUCCUCUUCAUUCCCCUUGUCCUUCUUUUUUUAUCAACUUUCUUUUUAUUCACUUUUUCUUUUUCCUUCUUCUCAUAUUCAUUUUUCUCUUCCUCUCUAUUUCUUUUUACUUUUCCCCUACCUUUUCUAUUUUUUUAAUUCUUUUUAUUCUCACUCACUGUUAUUUUCUUUCUCUUUUAUAUUCUUUCUUUCUCUUUCUUCUGACUUUUUUUUUAUUCUUUCCUCUCUUUCAUUCUCUCCCUAUCAUUCUCUUUUCACUUUCUAUUUGUCUUCAAUAUGUUCCUCCUUCUCUUCUUUACUUUAUUCUCUCCUCUUCAGUUUUAAACUCUUCUUUCUAUCUUCCUUUUUCCCUCAGUUUAUCUUUCUCUGCCUCUGAUUUUCCCUCCUACAUCUACUUACCUCACCCUUCUUUUCUUUUGUUUCUCCCCCAUCUCCAUCUUUUUCUUUAUCUAUCAUAUUUUCUUCCAUCUUUAUUUUUCAAUCAUUUCAUUGCUUUUUACUGUUUCCCUAGAUUAUUCACUUGA